GUGAAUAUAUGUUUCGUAGCCUCAAAAUUUAAAAGUCAGAAAAUAUUUUAAUAUUUCUUCUCCUUUACGCAUCAGAUCGAUAAACUUGUUGUAUGUUAGCACCAUGGAAACAGCUCUUUCAGUCUGUCCUAAAGCGAUUCCCUUAUUCCAUUAAGACAAAUAUAUCAGUUUACUUAAACAGACAUAACCACCAAAAACCAUCAGAAAAAAAUUUCAGCAUUUGCCUAUUAUUGUAGAAAAAAGCAUAAUGCUUCAGGGACCAAAUCUCGAAAAAAGGUGCGAAAUCAAUGUCCCUGGAAGAUCAGCUAAUGAACCUUUUAAUGAAAUCCAGCAAGUAAAAGAAAGCAAUAAAAUUUACGAGGGUGGUUUAGGUGCAAAAAAAUCUCCUGUUUCGUCCCCAGAUUUAAGAAUGCCAGAAAAAUUUAAUUGUCCGAUGAGUGAGCUCAUGAAAGAUCGCUUAGAAGCUGGAGAUAAUAUUGCACCCCCGUAUUUUCCUCAACCUGAUGAUAGUUUGCCCCUGAAAAGUGAGGGUCCUAUGGAGCCAAUUGGACCAUGGGCAACCGGUUGCGUGACUUAUAGCCCCUUCGCCGGGAUGACGGGAGUUCGUCCUGUGGUCGAUCGUUAUUCCACCACACGUUACAGCCCAGCCGAAUGGAGAGCACACAAUCGUACAUUUUUCGAUGAAUCAAAUAAGAAGAUUCGAGAAGCCCAGCGAAUGAUAUCUGAUUCAAAAGGAUGUAAAAAGCGAGUUUAUAAAGAGACAGAUAAAAACCAAAUAGAAAAUCGAGAUCGGCUUAGCAUGCGAGCAGGUGUGGUUCAUCGGUGGAAAACGGAAUUGGAACGAGCCCUUCUCGAUAUAACUCAGGAAAUUGAAUUACUUGAAGGGGAGCGACGACGUGUCCAGCAGUCUCUGUCAGUCCUCACGUUACCUGAAUCAAUUGAUGGCGAGUUCUUGCAGCUUCGUUCUACCAGGCUGGAGCCAGAUUUAGUCAACGAUGAUGUUGAAAUCGAAUUAGUCAAGGAACUAGCACUCUGCUCAGAAAUAAGAAAUCUACUUGAGAGAACUAAAGAGCAAAUUGUAGAACAGUUGCUUGAACUAAGAAGUACUAAGAAUCGUAUGGAAUGUGACUGGACAGAUAAAAAGGAUGCUUAUGAAAUAGAUGCCCACUGUGUAGGAUUAAAUAAUUCUUCUCCUUUAAUUUUAUAUAAAGCAGGAGCUACAAGAGUUCCAGCAGAACAAACAACGCCUGAUGAGUAUGAUCAUUUCACCAAAGAAACCUUAGCAGCAGCAGAAACAGCAAGACAACGUUCAGCGAACCUACGAUCUGCUGUGGACGUAAACUACUCUAAGUCGCUUCAAGAUCUUCGAACUCAAUCGAAUCGCGUAAAUUCUGCUCUAGCUGAAAAAAUUACCCUCACUGAGCAAGUCUGUGAGAGUUUGGAAAAAGAGUUGCUGAAAUGUUUGCACGAGCUUACAAGCACAGAAAAUAUGAUUGAAGAUCUUCGAGGGUCAACGAAAAGUCUAAACGAGGCUUUGAAAGUCGUCCAAACUCGCCUUGGAAAUAGACUUCUUCGGCGAACUGUCGAGAGCUGUCGAGAUAUACCACAAUAUGGCCUUAUUGAGGAAGCGAAAACUUUAGGAGAAAGUAUAGCAGCAUUAACUUCUCAACUAAGAAGAGCAGAAAAUUCACAAGCUGGUUUGGUGAAAACGAGAAACGAUUUAGAAAAAGAGAUCAUCGUCAAGCGAAAGUCUUUAUAUAUUGAUAGAGAUCGUGGAUUAGUUCUUCGAUCUUUUUAUCCAUCUACUACAGCUCUCUUAGGUCAAGAUAAAUGAAGAGUACUCUUAUCGACAUUUACUGUCAUUUACAAUGGGAACUGAUUGUUGGCUAUGCUAAGAAUAAUCUGAACAUGAUUAUGAACUGGAGAUUCUUUAAUACCGAUAUUAUCGACAUCUUUAAUAAUAAUCUUAAAAUCGAAAAGAAGGAAUAAAAUAAUCUGUUUCUUAACGCACUUCCAAUUUCUAUAAUCGCAUGUAGUUUU